CUUGUAAUUCCAUUAACCACACAGGAUGACCUGGACAAAGCUGUUGAACUGCUUGACCGUAGUGUACAUAUGAAGAGUCUCAAGAUAUUGCUUGUAAUACAUGGAAAUACACAGUCACCCAGUGUAAAUAAUAUGGAACCCUUGCCCUCACUGGAAGAUUUAGAUAAUACAGUGUUCAGUGUGACAGAAAGGAAAAGGCGACUGUCUGUAAUAGGUUCUAAUACUCGUGAUAGGAGUUCACCUCCCCCAGGUUACAUUCCAGAUGAGCUGCAUCAGGUGGCUCGAAAUGGGUCCUUCACCAGUAUCAACAGUGAAGGUGAAUUCAUUCCAGAAAGUAUGGAUCAGAUGCUGGAUCCAUUGUCUUUAAGCAGUCCUGAAAACUCUGGCUCGGGAAGCUGUCCCUCACUUGACAGCCCAUUAGAUGGGUAAAAAUUAUUUACAUUCAUUAUUUA